GAUGUGCUGUGGUUCGGUAGCUGACUAGUGACGCCUUGCGGGUGGCAAAAUGGCUGCGCUUUAUUUUUCCCACAUCUUUACAACGUUAAAAUAUCUAAGGACGUGUUAAUUUCUUUCACAUGUCAACCGUUUUGAAAAGUAUAACAGCUACCUGUUUUUUUCCUUUCACCAAGGUGCUAAUCGUAAACUGCCCAGAAGAAGGACUCUAGGCCGUUGAGCUUCAGGCUUAGGUAGGAGUCUGUGAAAUACCUCAAGUUUCAUCAGGUUGUUCCGUCAUCUGUGAGAAGUGCUUGAAUUUCCUGAGGUCCACCUGCUCUAAGAGGCUGCUGCAGUGUGGCUGCCCACCUGCUGCACCCAAUCAACAAUGACGACCCCGCUAUAAUAGCUUUUGCAAAUGAAAAUGGAGGAUAUGUCGCUGUCAGGCCUGGAUAACACCAAGCUAGAGGCCUUGGCUCAUGACAUCUACUCAGAAUUGGUGGAGGAUGCCUGUUUGGGGCUGUGCUUUGAGGUGCAUCGGGCAGUCAAACAGGGCUACUUCUUCCUGGAUGAGACGGACCAAGAAAGUAUGAAGGAUUUUGAAAUUGUGGACCAGCCAGGGGUGGACAUAUUUGGUCAGGUGUACAACCAAUGGAAGAAUAAGGAGUGUGUGUGUCCUAACUGCAGCAGGAGUAUAGCAGCUUCACGCUUCGCUCCUCACCUGGAAAAGUGUCUGGGAAUGGGCCGCAACAGCAGUCGCAUCGCCAACCGCAGGAUAGCCAGCAGCAACAACACAAGCAAGUCUGAGAGUGACCAAGAGGACAAUGAUGACAUCAAUGACAAUGACUGGUCAUAUGGUUCAGAAAAGAAAUCCAAGAAGAGAAAGUCAGACAAGAAUCCAAAUUCUCCAAGAAGAUCCAAAUCCUUGAAGCAUAAAAAUGGAGAGCUCAGUGGUAGUGUGAAUCCAGACCUCUACAAGUAUAACUACAGUUCCGGGAUCAACUAUGAAACUCUAGGGCCAGAGGAGCUACGAUCUCUUCUGGCUACGCAAUGUGGGGUCGUAUCAGAGCACACAAAGAAGAUGUGCACGCGGUCCCAGCGGUGUCCCCAGCACACGGACGAGCAGAGGAGGGCGGUCAGGGUCUUCCUCCUGGGGCCGUCCGCGUCAGCAUUGCCAGAUCCGGAGUCAGCGUUGGAAAACGACGGUUAUGACACUCCUGACGGACAGCUCAUCAUGUCCCGCCUCCAGUGGGAUGGGUCGUCUGACAUCUCACCCUCAGACUCUGCCUCCUCAAAAGCCAGUACUAACAACUCAGACUCUAAGAGACCUAAGAAAAAGAAGAAGCCUGGCUCACUGCUUGUGAGUAGUGCAGGGGGAGGAGAGAGAGAAAAAGGAGGAGAGCGAGAGAGAGAAAGAGGAGGCGGUGGUGGAGGCGGAGGAAGCAGUGGGAGUGGACUGGGAGGUGCCAGCAGCAGCUCCCAGAAUGCACUUGCUCUGUCAAAUCGUAAGAAAAGACCAAGACUGCCAGCUCCACCAGCUCCCAGUAUUUAUGAUGACCUGAACUGAAAAAAGAACAGUCCUCACAAACUCAUCCAUAUCAACGGUGGACAAGAGCGUUACAAUGAUUUAUCUUUCUCAUUUCCUUUUCCACCACUUUGUGCACAAGAGACCUUAAAGCAGUAUGUAUGUAAUGUGCAGUUGAAUAUUGGGGUUUACAUUUGUGAUUCGCAUAAACGUGCCAUAGCAUGUCCAGACUACAGUGUGUGAAGUGUGUAAGCAUUGAGUGUGAGUUUGAGUGUGAAUCUGUGGGUGUAAAUGUACAGUACCGUACAAAAGUCAGAGACCACCCUUCAUUUAAUUUCCAGUCAGAACGGCCAUUAAGUACAAGUUAUUAAUUUUUUAGAAUAUAUUUCUGAGGAUAUAAAAUAUAAGACAGUGCACCUCCAUAAGGAAGAAGAAGGUCUAAGGAAAAUAAGUAAAAACAAGAGUUUCCAAAGCUGGACUUCAAAAGAUUAUACAGAGAAAAUGGGACCCCUAACAACUGUGCAAGACCUGGUGGACCACCAGAACUGUCCCCAGCGGGUAAUACUUAAAGCUUUGAGAGAUGGAGAAAUGUGGAGUGAAAAUCAAGAGAAAAUCAAGCUCCAUUCUUCCUUCAGAUAUGAAAAGUCUGCAGGUGUUUCUGUCCAUCCUUCCACUUUGAGAAGUCAACAUAAUGCUAUGGGUCUGAAAGGAUGAGUAGCCUUCAACAGUGAGAAAAAGACAUUUGCAGAUAGAAGAAAGGCACUGCUGAUGCUUUCAGACCAAUAGGCUGACCACCCCAGUCCAGGCCUCAGCACUAUUGAAUGAGACUACAUGGAAAAAUAAACAAUUUCUAAGAUCCCUGCAGAUUUCUUUGGAAAACUGAAAGCAAGUGUCCUGAAAAGAAUGGAAGUUGUAAUAAAUGCAGAGAGUGGACACUCUAUUUGGACAUUUAUUUGCUAAAUAUAUAUUUUCUGUUUUUUUUUGUCUCCUGACCUUUAAAAAUGUGUACUUAAUGGCCAUUUUUUACUGGGAAUUAAAUCAAUGGUGGUCUCAGACUGUUGCACAGUGCUCUGUGUGUGUGUGGAUCUUGUUGAAUAAUGUUAAUAUGGUUUGAAUGCUUGUGCUUGUAAAAGUGUACAAUAAUGUUACUGCGACUUACUCUCUACUGUCAGUCAGAAUAAUGCUACUCCAGAAUGCUACUUUACACUUGCCUGUUUCUACUGCUUCCUGCUGAAUAAUGCUCCUUUGAUAAUCACUGUUACAGCUUCAGGCCAAAUUAUGUUUCUUUGAUAAACACUUUAUUUUCUGCUGCCUCUUAGUAAAUAUUUUACAGUGUAAAUUAUACUAUUUAGUCUAAAAUAUAAUGUUAGUGAUUUUUUUUUUUGUUUGUUUGUUUUUGCCUGCUUGUUUGUGGUCCUCCCUGCUAAAUAUUGCUCCCUCGGUGCAUGUUGUCUUGUUUAUGUCUGGUUUGUUGGUCUUUAACGCACUUAUUACAUUUGGGGUCAGUUUCUCAGACAGCGGUUCAAAAGGAGUAAAUAGUAGAUUUUUCAAAAUUUAAAAUUUCUGCAUAAUUGACGUUGAAAUGAUGAAAUGAUGCUGAAGUCAUUUGUAGUGGUUUGAUGUGAAAUGAUGAUCUAGAGAAACUUACCAGGUCAGAUUUCUUCAUGUGUGAUGUAGAGGCUUUAAAUACUUUAGAUAUCUGGUUCCUAUCGCCACCACUGUGAACAGUUCUCUCUCAGGAAGUUUCUCUAGAACAGAGCAUUUCAUAUCAAACCACUUUAAAUGAAUGCUUACAUUAAAGUUUGAAUUAUGUAGAAAUUUAGAAAAAUCGAUGGAAUUCCCCUUUAAGCCUAGUUAUGGACUACACAGCGUUCUGAAUGGAGAUUCCCCAUUGAAAAGAAGGUCUAGUCCAGGACUAGGCCUAAUCCAUGUACAAGAAACCGUUCCUCAGUGUUUUUGCUCUUAGAUGUGAAACUUCUUUUUUAUGAUAAAAGGCCUACCAGAGAAGUGAUGCGGUAGAGAAAUGGCACUUAAAAGCCUGUGAAGUUCAGGUGGGUAAUAUUGAAAGAUGCACUCCCUACGGAUCAAAUCCAGUCUAUACAAAAGCCUUGUUGCUUUUAAAGUGGACUUUUAUUUUGUGUUAAUUUCCAUAUUUGUGAAUUUUGUGAACUCAGAUUUUAAGGCUGAGUGUUUGAGUGAAGCUGCAUUUGUGGUGGAGGGAAAAAAAAAAGAUUCCACAGGUUCCUCAUCCCUACAUAUGAAGUACUGUGUAUGGAUAUGUUGUUAUUUUCAAUGCUGGCAGUUCUAUCUCCUCUCUGAGUGUACUGUGGUAGCCUGUGUUCUAGUCUAAAUAAAGCCCAGCGUGUCUCAGGACGUA